CGACUGGUUUAGAUCUUGAAGGUCUUUUUGAUAUACCUCUCGCUAGCCUGGCACGGGUUGAGUUGCUGAGUCUCCGACAUCCACCCGCCUCGCUGUGCGCAAGAUCCAUAUAGAUGAAGAAAGUGGAAAGUGCUUUCUGCCUCGACGGUUAAGGCGUUUUGGUAGCCUUCCGACGUUUGGUGAAAGAGGCAGCAGCAGCCCCCACCCAGAGCCUGCUCUUCGUUGUGGUGCCGUUAAUCAGAAGAAUUCCAUCGUUACUGCCACUUCAGGGAGGUUUCAACAACACAAAUUCUGGCAAAGUACCAGCACGAAGGGACCCCCCGUGGCUAGUCUCUCGCACACCCCGGAAGACUGAGUUUGUGAUUCAUUCGCCCACCCAGGGAUGUGCGCGGACCUUUGGAUGUACGACGCCUCCUCCAUCCAUCUCUUCAAACUCGUGAGGCUGUACCGCCGUUCCUGACGUACUGCUCUUUCUCUUCCUCCUCGCUUUAUUUGCGGAUCUGCAGCUUUAACGACAGCAUGUGUGUGUCCGAGGCGGAUGCUGUAUGCGAGCUGCACGGCGAGUGGAUCUCUUGCUUCUGGGUUCUUGUCUGCUCUGCUUGUGUUUUCUGUCGCCGUCUACGGCGUAAAAAGAGAGAACUGCAUGCCGCAAAUGAGACGCUGUGCUCUCUGAUGUCGAGCCGGUCAACAACUCAAGGCGGCGGCCGGUUCACCAAAAAGCGCAACAAGAGCGCGGCGGGUGAGGCAUGAACAGCGUCUGCGUGUAGCACAGAGAUGCGCCGCGGCAAGCGCGACGGUCGAUCCACGAAGCACCGCGAGAGAGCUGGAUACGAGUCAGGGCUCGCGCCAGGCGUUCUUUUCAUCUGUUUGUGUCUUGCCUCUCGUGUGUUUCUCUGCCGCGGAACUUCUUGCGCGUUUCCGAUGUCUUUUUUCGCGCUGCUGUGGGCGAAACGGCGAAACGGAGGCGCGCCACGCGUCCAGGAGAGUUCGCACACUGCGCGCAUGUCCUGUCGCGUCGAUUGGCGCCAAGCGGUCAGAGCACAAAAAUCGCUGAUCUACGAUGCAGAGAAUCGAUUUCUCCUGUCAAAAGCGAUACCAAGGACCUUGUGCAUGCUGGCCGCCUCGGAACUCUUUUGUUUCUCGCGAUUUGUCGUCUCCGCGUUACUCGCUGGCGGCGCGAUUCUGCUGCGCUGUCUCAGCCGCAUGGUCGAGCGACGUGACCACCGGUUUCUCCGGAACGGAUGCAUGGAGCACGCGGCGCUUCCUCGGAGUCUUCUUUCUUUUCCGUUCGUCUGCUGCUUGGCUCUUCUCUCUUUUCUCCGCGGCCUUUGCUCUCCGUCUAUGCGCCCCGUUCCCCGCGUCUUCGUCUGGUCCAUCUUCCGACUCGGUGUGGAAAGGUCGCGACUCACAGAUGCGCAGAUGCGAGACCUUCCCGAGGUGCAAAUCCUCCUCCCGGAGAAACGGAGGCGCAUGAAUCGAGUACGUGUGUCUGUGUAGAUUUUCAUGCGCAACUUGUCAAAAACGACAAUGGCGUUGGACUGAUGACGUCGCCGCUGUGUCCGCUCUCCAUCAGCAUGGCUCUCCCUCCUCCAUUCAAAGCAUGGUGGCUGUGCGGCCUCUCUUACGCGCGACCUCCUCCCUCGACUUGUCGCUCUUUUCUCUCGGUUUCUUCGUCGUCGCACGCGCGCGCUCUCUGUCUACGACGCUCCACUUAUUCGCCUUCCUCUUCUACGUCGUCGGCUCCCUCCUCUGCUUCUGCCUCGUCGUUCGGCUUCGCUUCCUCUCUCUCUCUUCCUGCGAUCCCCUGCAACUUUCUCCAGGUGAGCAGGAACGUGGACGCCUCUCCGCAGCGUCGCGCGCCAAGCGCGCCGUGGCGCACCUCCUCUCGCUCUUGUGCCCCUGGUUUGUCUCCACUGGCGAUCUCCGCCUCAACUCUUCUUCCCUCGCCUUCUCACCAGCGUCUCUCCUCGUCGUGCCUCCUCCCGUCUCAGUCGCCGUUGGAGUUCGUCCGCUGUCGACAGGCUUCCAAGGCACCGGCAGACCUGGCGAAGAGUCGCGACUCUCACCCGUCGGCAGGAGACACUUGCUGCCGGACCGUCUCCGUCCGGCGGCUGUGGAGUCCUGGCCAGGGAUCUUCCGAGUCGCUUGGAGCUCCACAGGACGGACAGGCCUUCUGCUCGAACGAGGGAGCGUUUGUAGAGAACGGUGACAGCGAGGAAACAAAGCAGGGUGGAGGAGGUCGAGCAAUGGAGACUUCACAGCUGCAUGCGUGGACCUCAUGGCAGCAACGCUCCCUCCCUCUCAACCUCCUGGAUGCUGUUUCCGCGGGAUCCUCGCCGGUCUGUGACUUUAAUCAAACCAACCUUUUCAACGUUUCCCCCUCUACUCUUUCGCCGGGGCUCUCUGCAUCCGCUUCUUCCGUCUCUUCUCCUCGAUCGACUCUGCGUCCCUUUUCUUCUUCUCCUUUCUCUCCUCCCUCCCCCGUCUCUUCUGUCGGCUGUUCGCCUUAUGCGGCGAUGUCUUCGUGUGCGCCGCUUCGGACCGUCCGGCGGUCGGGCCGCCUCGAUUUGCCGAGUCCGCCGCAAGUGGAGAUUCGCCGCGUCGUCGUCCUGGACAAGGUCACUCGGUACGAGCUCGAGCUGGAGCAGCGCCUGCAUGUCUUGCGCGAGCGAGAGCCGCAAGAAGACAAGCCACCCUCUCGGAAUCCAGAUAACUCUUCCACGCCCCCUGCCUCGACUCCGGGAUCCCUUUCUUCUCUCUCUUCUUCUUCUCCGUCUUCUUCUCUCUGUCCUUCUCCGUCUUCGUCUCCGUUUCCUGCGCUCUCUGCAGGCGCUUUGUCCAGGGGCCAGAGGGAGGCUAGUCGACUCUCUGCAGAGACGCAUGCGUUGGCGGCGCAGCUUCGCGAGCAGAUGCCGCAGGCGUACGCGACGCAUCUGGACCAUGUGAGAAACGUCCGGGAGCUGGUUCGGCAACUGCAGGAUGAGUGGGGAGUUCAUACGACGCUGAUCAAGGCGCGGAGCUUCGGGAACACGGUGAGUCAUGGCCGGCGCGCUGUGUUGAGGAAAAGCGCCUCCGCGGCCUUCCCCCCUGACGCCGUCAUCGCCGCGGGAGGCGACGGAACGCUCCUCGAGGCUGCCUCUUUCAUGGCGGCUCUCGAGGAGAGUCAGGGAGCGCGAGCGGAGGGACCUCCUGAUGGAGAAGCGGACGAGGACCGCGCACUGAAGAGAAAGAGUGGAGAGACAGAAGCCGCGGGGACGGGGGAGGAGAAGAGUGAGGCAGGGAGGGGGCUGGACAGCGAAGUCAGGAAGAACGGCUGGUCGUUCUCUCCCGAUGGAAUCUGGCUCUGGGGAUUCAACACCGACCCAGUGCGAUCCGAGGGAAAGCUGUGCGUCGCGUACCGGCCGCCGAAAUUCCGACCGCGAUGUGACAACGAAGCCUUGUUGCAGCGCGAAGGAGAAUCGACGCCUCAUGCGGUCCCGGAAGGACGAAACACACGAAAAACCGGCCGAGAAACGCAGUCGGGAGAUUUUUGCACCACGGGCUCUUCGUCGCCGUCUCGGUGCGACGGGGAGAAGACAGAGGAAGAACCCACACCUCAUUCGCAGGUUUCGCAGCCUUCGUCUGAGUCGUCUGCGCCCGUUGCAGAGGCCACAGCUCCCCAACGAGAGACCUCGUUCUCCUCAAACGCUGCGACUGCAUGCGUCUCGCCUGUCCUCUCGCCAAUCGACGGCGAACACUGCGUGCAAGUCCCUACCUUCCAUCCGCGAUUCAUCACCCCGCGUCGACCCUCCCCUUCUUCAACUUCUUCUUCCUCUUCUUCAACUUCUUCUUCCUCUUCUUCAACUUCUUCUGUAUCGUGGUCCUCCACGUCCUCUGGCUCCGCUCCUUCUGGGGACGUUUCGGAGGAGCGAGACGCAGAGACGAGAAGUCGCGCAAGUCGCGACUACGUACGCGCUGUGCUGCGUUACGUGAUGGACGGUGAGGGCGUUGCGAUUUGUCGCCAGAGAAUUCGCGUCGAACUGGAGUACCUGCGCGCCCAAGAAGCGGACAUCUUGCAGCGAGUCGAGCAGCGGCGCCGCGAGCAUGCAGGCCUCACGUCUCUGCUGCCUCUGGAGCGUGUGGACUCUGCCGCAGUUUCGGAGCGGCUCUCUGCGCCUGCAGGCGGGGGAGCGCUUCAACGAGGAGACGCAGCCGAGACGGGUGACGCGCGCCAAGUGGAACGUCGCGUCUUGGGAGUCAGCGCGCUCAACGACGUCUUCAUUGGCGAAUGUGACAGCUCGCGUACAUGCUACGCGGAAGUGAAGAUCGACCAAGACACACCGCGCCGAUACAAAAGCUCAGGAUUCCUUGUCGCCACAGGAACGGGGUCGAGCGCCUGGUCCUUCAACAUGAGCAAGACUCGCACGGAGCAGGUGAAAGCCGUCGCUGAAGAGCUUCGCCGUUCCCUGAACCUCCCUUUCGACUCCGACGCUGUCGACUGGGAGGCGGUGCGCGAACGAAUCAACCAGCAGCUGCUUUUUCAUCCGUCGAUGCCCGUGAUGAGGUUCUUCGUCCGCGAGCCGAUCGAAAACAGCAUCUUCUCAUGCAAAGGCUGUGCAGGCAUUGCACGCCGCGUCGAGAUCCUCGCUCUCUCCCCCGACGCCAUGGUAGCCAUCGACGGCCUUGUCUCUUUCCCCCUCCCCGUCGGCGUAAAAUUGAUUCUCCACAUCUCACCUUUCGAUGCUCUCUGGACUGUCAAAUAAAUCUACCACAGUUCCUCUUUCGUCCUCAGUGACAUAUAUACAUAUAUAUAUAUAUAUAUAUACAUGCAGACAGACCUAUGUGUAUCAAGUUCCCAAAUAUAUAUAUAUAUACUAUAUAUAUAAUAUAUGUAUACAAAAGGGCCGAUGUCUGCCGGCUCUAUAUGCGUAUAUAUAAGUGCGUAUGUAUCUAUCUGUCUCUCUGUCUAUCUACUAUCUAUCUAUAUAUAUAUAUAUAUAUUUAUAUAGGUAGAUAUAUGUCCGGGAACUGCUGCAUCUGUGCGCGGGUAUUAUCUAACUUCCGACAUGUUUGUUUUUUUGAAUCUCUUUGUGGUUGGCUUGCCAAUCUUAUUUUGCCUCCUUCGCGAGGGAAAGUCAACAAAAAACUCGAGAGUCACUGCCAAAGCGGCUUAUCGAGGGAAGUCGCAACGCGGCAUUUGUCUGCACACGGCAGUCGCGUAUAUACACGCACAUGUAUACAGUCAGUUACAUAUGCAUAUAUAUACAUACAUAUACAUACAUAUAUAUACAUAUAUAUACAUAUAUGUAUAUAUAUAUAUAUAUGUAUAUAUAUAUGCGUGUUCUUGAUGUUGGAUGUGAAUGGGAGUGAAGGUGUGGUUGCAUACGUAGAGAGGAGGCAUACGGCCAAUGCUUUUUGUGACGCACGGGGAUUGUAAGUGAAGCGACGGCUACAUUGUUGUGCACAGUGAAAGAGAUACGCAAGUUUUCCAGUGCGACCUUGACUAUAAUUGAAGCGCAGGCACAGUGGAUCAGUGCCUUUCUGUCUCUCCAAUUGUCUACUAGUCUCAAACGAGUCAAACUAUGAAAUUCUGCACGCAUGCAGAUCUGUCAGUAUACGAACAGAUCUGUCAGGUGUGUCUCCGUUUCGCUGGCGUUCUGCGGCGGCC